ACAACCUCUUUUAUUGCCGGACCAGAGCUGGAUUGUUUACCUCUGCUUUCAGUGUUGUGUUGUGAUCCACAGCCGCUGCUUCCUCAUUUAAAAACUCUUUAAUUCAAGCGGUUAUCAAUCAAACUGCAACCCAGAGAGCUUUUCAACUCUGUUUCCAUCAGCACGGACUCCUUUAUCACAGUUUUUAAAGGUGAAAUCUUCCGUCUGUCCGGCCCGGAGCGCCUGGUGAUCAUGUCCGCAGAGGAGCUGCUGUUCCCGGCGGGCCUGGAGCCUCUCAGCGGGCUGGAGACCCACAGCAAGCCGCCGGAGAUGGAGACGCUGCGGGUGUUCGUGAACGAGCGGCUGGCGGCGGCCGUGGACGACAUCCUGGCCGUGUUCGGGAGGACCGUGGCCCGGUACCGGGAGGAGAUCGACCGGCAGCGACGGCAGCUGGACGGCCUGGGACCGGACACCAAGUGGCACCUGGCGGACCCCCUGCAGCCGUCGUGGAUGGAGGGCGGCCCCACGGACGAGCAGCUCCUGUGCCUGCAGCUGGACCAGAGGAGGAGCGGCGACGAGGCGGAGGCCGGCGGCUCCACCACGCACAUCAAAACAGAAGCCGAAGGAGAGCCGGCCGCCAACUUCGACCCCGCCGGCGGUUUGGAAGCCGCGAGCGACGUUCAGCUCCUCUCCGACCGCUCGGACACGGAGGACAGCGACGAGUACUGGAAGGAGGCGAGGAGACCCGCGAGGCCGAGGGCGGGAGGAGCUAAAGGACCAAAGUCGCUGACGGGCAAGAAGUCGAAGAGCCUGUCUGAACUGUCCCAGGAGCAGAAGCCGUCGGGCGGCCUCCCGCGGCACUGCUGCCAAGUCUGCGGGGAGUCCUUCCAGAAGAGGAGCCACCUGAUGACUCACGCCCCGGCCCACGUUCACGACUGCGGCCUGUGCGGGAAACACCUGGACGACAGCGAGAGCCUGAAGCCGCACCUCAGGGCUCACCAGGAGAGGUCGUUCCGCUGCGGCGUGUGCGGGCAGACGUUCACGCUGCGGGGGAACCUGCGCACGCACCUGCGGAUCCACUCCGGGGAGCGGCCGUACGGCUGCACCGUCUGCGGCAAGAGCUUCGGCCGGCGGGCCACGCUGGUGCGGCACGUGCGCAGCCACACGGGCGAGAAGCCGUUCGUGUGCUCGUACUGCGGCCGCGGCUUCGUGGAGAAGGGCAACCUGACGGUGCACCUGCGCACGCACACCGGGGAGAGGCCGUACUGGUGCUCGGUGUGCGACCGGCGCUUCAGCCAGCUGUCCUGCUUCUACAAACACCCCUGCCAGAGGAAACGCCUGAUGUCAUAGAGCCCCUGGUAGUAAUUUUAGGCCAAAAUUGGGGUCAACCUAGGACAAAUUGCAAGAGAAGCAAACUCAACUGAUUUAUCCUCAGUUUGUCCUGAGUGAGGGAAAAAAGUCCCAAGGAAUCCCACUGGUGGA